AGAUUUGGCCAACGAUGAACAGAGCGAUUUUCCGGCAGAAGAAUCGAUGCCAUGUAAAAACCGGCGAGCUUUCAUGUCCUCCCACGCUCGUUUCUUGAAGUAUCACAUCGGAACGGGCGGACCACGUCAUCUGAAACACUCAGAGCUGCUUCGCCUGCUCAAUGUCUCUGGCGCCUCUGGAGACGGUCGUAAUGACGUUGAUCGUGAUUCGGAACUGGAAGAAAUUUUCAAUGGGACUUGGCCCUAUCUCAGUCGUCGUGCUAAAUUGGGCUACACCAAAGGCGUUUCGCAGGCCGGAAUGCGGAAUUGGAACGCGGCUGGUGGUGCGGAUAAACCUGUGACGGCACGUAACAAAAAAGCCGUUAUUUUCGUGCCGUCCAAGCUCGAUUCAUGUGGCUCCGUUGGACAACCCUCUGCUGGCUUGGCUGCUAUUAGGGGGAGUGGACCCAGAGUUCCCACUCCACCUUGGCUCGCAGCCGAUGACGAAGUGGAAGAAGAUGCUUCUACCAUCACUGGCAGUUCUUCCAGCCCUUGCCGUAGUAAGGGGUGUGAAAGCAAUCAUCCGGGACUCGGUUACUUUGCGCCUGAGUUGUGUGAAAUAUCACCUAUGAAUGAAACUAACCUGGGCCAUCGAUUGCUUCAGAGGCUAGGAUGGGAGCCAGGUCAAGGUUUGGGUGCAAAUAAUCACGGUUUGCUGGAUCCUGUCGGCUGUGUCCCUCAUUCCAGCUCGCCUUCGUUCCUGUAUCCCGUAGCGUCUACCUGAGCCUCACCCCCACGCAGUUGCGAUGUCCUGUAUACGCUUGUGCACUGACACAUCGGAUAACUCCUCUUACGCUUCUCCCCUUCGAGAAUUUCGAGCGCAACCGGCUGUACAUUAUAUACUCUUGUUAUCAACUCUCGAAAAUGUCCGAAGUACAAUACUAACGAUACUAGGUAUACCUCUUGAGCGAUAUGGAGAGCUCAAGCUUGUACCUAUCUUUCACUUCCAUGAAUCGCACGAAACCUUUUUGCCCUUUCAUCACCUCCGCACCCAUAUGUUCUU